GACACCUCGGGCAGUCGGGAGUUCUCUCGGGCCCCUUUCUUCUGCCAGCUGCUGGUUCCCCUGGCAUCUCCCGCCUCCGAGUCUUUGCCUGGGCUGCCCCCCAUGCCUCCUGGGAUGUCCUCCCUGUUCGCCUCCAGGCCAGUGAAUGACUUUUAUUCUUGAGGCGCUUUAAGGUUUGGGAGCCCCCUACCAACCCAAGGGGCUGCCGGGACCCCAUUUCACAGACGGGAAAGCCGAAGCCAGAAAAGGUUACGGGACUUGCUUGGGGCCACAGCAAAGCUUGGUCUUCACCAGCCUCUGCCCUGUGCCAGGAGAGGACCCAGGAGGAGGACGGAAUGCCUUCUGGCUUCUCCAUGGCCCACUCCCUGGAAUCAGUGACAUUUGAAGAUGUGGCUGUGGCCUUCACCCAGGAGGAGUGGACCCAGCUGGAUGCUGCUCAGAGGGCCCUCUACCAGGAUGUGAUGCUGGAGAAUUAUGAGCACCUCAUUUUCCUGGGUGCAGGCUUUCCGGUUUCCAAACCAGAUGUGAUCUCCCAGUUGGAGAGAGGAGAAGUGCCCUGGAUGCCAGAGCAGAAAUUCCUAGGAGGCCCUGGGGCGGAUUUCCUUCAUCAGAGGAAUAGGUGUGAAAUGGAUUUGGCUCCAAUGCAGGGACUUUGGAUGGAGCCAUCAUCUGAGGAAGGACUUGAAAGAAAUGAUCUCUGGGAUUCUAAGAUGGAGGAAGCUUGGGAAUAUGAUGUCAAAUCAGAGAAGCAGUGGGGCAUCCAAGAGAAAUGGCUGGGACAAUUAGCUGUUGCUUCCAGAAGCUCUUCUCAGGUGAAGACCAAUGGAAGGAAAACAUUUAGGAGAAGUUUCAGUCAGGGUUCAGUCCUUGAUGCACAACAGACAGUCCCUGCAGCACAUAAGUACGAUACCCUUGGAAAGAGCUUCAAGCAGUUUUCAGACAUAAUUAGGCAUACUAGACUAUCCUUUGAGAAGAAGAUUUGUAAGUACAAUAAAUAUAGAAAACCCUUCAAUUACCACUCAGACUUCAUUCACAUUAAUGUAGAAAAUACUGAAGGUGAGUCAUAUGAAUGUAAUGAAUGUGGGAAAGUCUUUAGCCAGAGAAGAUACCUUACCGUACAUGAGAGAAUUCAUACUGGGCAGAAGCCCUAUGAAUGUAAUGAAUGUGGGAAAGCCUUCAGCCGAAGGGGUCACCUUAAUGCACAUAGAACCGUUCAUACUGGACAAAAGCCCUAUGUUUGUACUGAAUGUGGUAAAGCCUUCAGCCAGAGGGGGCACCUUAACGAACAUAAAAGUAUUCAUACUGGGGAGAGACCUUUUGAAUGUAAUGAGUGUGGGAAAGCCUUUAGUCGUAGAGGAAGACUUACUGAACAUCAGAAAAUUCAUGCUGGAGAGAAACCUUUUGAAUGUACCACAUGUGGGAAAUGUUUUACUCGAAAGGGAAGUCUUACCGACCAUCAGAAAAUUCAUGCUGGGGAGAAGCCUUUUGAAUGCAAUGAAUGUGGGAAAUUCUUUAGCCGCAAGACAUCCCUUUUUUAUCAUCAGAGAAUUCAUACUGGUGAGAAACCCUUUGAAUGUAAUGUAUGUGGUAAAUGCUUCAGCAGGAGGGCAAGCCUUACUGAACAUCAGAGAAUUCAUGUUGGUGAAAAACCCUUUGAAUGUAAUGAAUGUGGGAAAGCCUUUAGCAACAACUCCAGACUUAUUCUACAUCAAAGAAUGCACACAGGAGACCAACCCUUUGUGUGUAAUGUAUGUGGGAAAUCCUUUAGCAGACGGGAAAGCCUUAAUGCACACCAAAGAAUUCACACUGGAGAGAAACCAUUUGAAUGCAAUGAAUGUGGGAAAAACUUCAGCUGGAGGGGGAGCCUUACUGAACACCAGAGAAUUCAUGUUGGAGAGAAACCGUUUGAAUGUAGUGAAUGUGGGAAGAACUUCAGCCAUAGAACAACCCUAGUUUAUCAUCAGAGAAUUCACACUGGUGAGAAACCAUUUAUCUGUAGUGAGUGUGGGAAAGCAUUUAGCCGGAGGGUACACCUUACUGUACAUCAAAAAGUUCAUACUGGUGAAAAACCCUUUAUAUGUAUUGAAUGUGGGAAAGUAUUCUGCCGGAGGGGACACCUUAAAGGACAUAAAAGAAUUCAUACUGGAGAGAAACCUUUUAAAUGUAAAGAAUGUGAGAAAUCUUUCAGCCAGAGGGGAAACCUCACUAAACAUCAGCAAAUUCGUACAGAUGAAAAACCCUUUGAAUUUAGUGAAGGUGAGAAGGCCUUCAGUCACAACUCACACAUUCUCCAACAGAGAAUAAAUCCUGGAGAAAAACCCUUUGAAUGUCAUGAUUCAAGACAAGUCAUCAUUCCGAGGGGACCCUUUAAUAGGCCAGAAGGAAUUCAUAUGGGAGAGAAAUCUUUUGAAUCUAAAGAAUGUGUGAGAGCCUGCAGCCAGAGUUGCUGUGCCUCACAGAUUCAUUAACCCAUAGCCAGUUUGGGGAUUACUCUCUGAAUUUAGCUAAGUAGUUCCUAGGAUGACUGUUGCUGGGCUUAUACUCCCAACUCUUUCCAGUUUAGUGAGUGCCUGUGGUCAUCUCCAUGCUUUGAUCAGAGGAGGACUUCAGUGAAAUCCAGACACUUCAUAUUGGAAAUAAAAUAACCCUUACAGAUGUAAUGACUUUAAGAAUGCCUUUGAGGUUUAAUUCAUCUACCACCACUUUUGUUGUUAUUAACAAAUGCUGCUUGGAAAUAAUGUGAGAAAAUCUUCAUAAAGAGUUGUCACGUGUCAAAUACCAGAGAUUCCAAAUGGCAGAAUUUGUCACCAGCCUGGAGAAUCACAACUUUUCUGAUUUGGAGGCCAUCUCAUCUAACCCAUACCUGAAGCGUAAUCCUUUCUACAAUCUAACUUGCAGUCUUUGCUUAAAGACUGCCUUUGAAAGAAGUUCAGUUCACUUUUUCAUGACUCUGGUUGUAAACAUUUUCUUUAUACCAAGCCUUCAUUACUUAUUUGUAAUUCCUGCCCAUUGCUCCUGGUUCUCCCCCUUUGGAACUAGUGUUUAAUCCACCUUCCACAUGAAAGCUCACCAGAUAUUUGAAGGUAACUACCACGUCUUCAAGUCUUCCCUCCCACCUAAACCCCUUCCCUCAUUGUUUUCUUUUUCCAGGUUGAACAUCCUCAGUUUCUUCAACUGAUCCUUCAACUCAUAUGGCAUGAACUUGAGACCCUUUACCAUCCUGGUUGGGUUCCUCUGGACAUUCUCCUCCCUAAAAUGUUCUCAGAACAGAAUCUAACAAUCUUGAUUUUGUCUAAUCAAGAUGGAUUCUAGUAGAUCUAUCACCUCCUACGUUGUAUCUUCUGGAAGCAAUGCCUGGAAACUAUUCUUUGCCCAGGUUACACUCCAAGGACAGAGGGAGACAUAGUUCCAAGUCCUGCCUUUGACCUAUAUGGAUGGUAUGGUCUGAGCAAGACCCAACCACUCAUGCCCCAAGCAACUUUCUUAAAACAAUUAAACCCAUGAGAGCAGAUGGUUUCAAAGAACAACUAAUUCAGACCUUUGCGGGGAGGGGAGAACUCCCAGAGUUAUGGAGCAGUAUGUGAAUGAUGAAACAGCAAAGGAAAUAGAGGACAAAACAGAUAGUAGAAACCAGGAGAGCAGCAUCUCAGAGACUUACGGAGAUCAUAAGAGGAUAACCAGAAAGACGGAGGUGGUUAGUAGUUUCAAAGGGGUGAGGAAAGUUCCAUAUUGUAAGUUUUCAUAUUGAAAGCAUUUAUUAAGUACCCACUCUGUGCCAGGCACUAUUCUAGGUACUUGGGAAUACAAAGAUAAAAAUGCAUCAGACCCUCCUCUCAAAGACUUUAUAUUGCUCUACCAUGGAGGCUGGGGGAGAACAGUGUAUACAAGUAAAUGAAUACAUACAGAUAAUACAAAAUCUUGGGGGGAUUCACCAACAAAUGAGAGAACCAGAAAAAGCCUCUUAUAAGAAGGGGCUUUUGAGAUGGGCCUGAAAUAGAUUUAAUUGGACCAGGGUGAGAAAAGAGCACUUCAGGACUGGGGGGUGGCCUGUGUAAUGUAUGGAGGUGGGAGGUGAAUACCAUGGACAAGGACUGUGGGACUGGAGCAGGGAGUACUGGAUGAAGUUUCUUUUGAUGUGCUUGACUAGCCACUGCCAGGAAGCCAGCACCAUCCACAGAGAUAGGAAAGUAUGGUUUAUGAGACACACUCCACCAGCAGCUGAUGGGCAUGAGUGUCCCUUACAGUGAGGCAGAGAGGGAAGAAGUGACUGCUUAGGACAGAGCAGAUGGCUGUACAAAAAGAAAAAGAAACUAUGCUUAUUAGUGAGAAUGUAUAUCACGAGUUACCAGAAAUAGAAAAGAAAGGUGCCCUUGGUCAUAUAGCUAGUUGCACUAAACCAAAGGGGCUUGUACAUUACUGGUGAGACAAGAUGAAGGAGGGGAGCUCAUGUCCUUGUGCUUUCAACAGGAAACUAUUGAAGUCCUCCUUUGAAGCAGUUAAGCCUUUUGUACCAAUUAAGGGGGGGCCAGGAAAGGAGACACUAAUAGAAAUCAGCUGUUGUAAACUGGUCCCAAAAUUCCUGCUGGGGUCAUACAGAACAAAAAUAGCCAAUAGAAAGUGAAAUGGAGUUAGUUAUAGCAACUCUUAAUAGACCCCUCAGCUCUUAAAAACCUACUUUUAAUAGAUUCAGUCAGUCAGGACAGAUAGGCUGGUGCCACAUGGGGAAAGGCUGUGAAAGCUGAACAGAGGGGUUUGCAUUUAUUUCUUCCUAGAGAGGCAGUAGGGGAAUGUUGGAGCUGUUUGAGAAGGGGGAUGCUGUCGUGGGAGCUCGACUUUAGGAAUGUUUGGUAGCUGUGUGGCGGAUGGAUCGAAGAUGCAGGGGGCUAAUGAGAGUUUGAACUAGGUUUGUUGUCCUAUGAAUGGAUGGGAAUCAAGGCAACAGGCAUUUAUUAAUAUAUGCUAGGUAUGAUGGAAGGAGACAAAUGGGAGAGCUGAUGCUGUGGAGGAUUAGGACUGAGAUAAGGCCAUUGGAUUUGUCCCAAGAUCGAUGAUUAUGUUGAAGAGGGCAGUUUCAGUAGAAUAGUGAAUUUGGAAGCAGAAUUUCAAAACACUGAGAAGUGGACAGGCCAGGAAACAUGAUCUAGAAAGGUGGCUUUUUAUAGGAAUUUGAUCAUGAAAGAGAGAAAAGAUACAGAUGAAAAAAUGAGAUUGUAGGGUCAAGUGAAGGGUUUUUUGUUUGUCUUAAGUUUGGGGAUUACCCAGGUACUGGGGUGUGUGGCAGCCAGCUUGAAGUGAUUCAGCUGAUUGUUCAAUUUUCCUUUUAAGCACUUCUGGGAAAUCAGCAAAUGCCCUAGGUCAGGGCUUGAUGUAUUGUUUUCUUCAUUAU